CAUCACAUCAGCAGAUGAAUGAGGGUACGCACGGUGGAGCGAGGAGAAUGGUUUGGGCUUGUUUUGCAUCUUUAAAGUUUUCUUUAGGCAAAUGUGAGGCCCUCUAGCCUCAUACCGCUGCGUCGUACAAAACUAGAUUUUUAUGUGACAAUGCUUAAAAAAAAAUACGCAACCUACAGGUGAAGACGACAAAACAACUAGAAGCAGUGUUACUGUUUUUAAAGUACUACUAAAUCUGUUACUAUUAGUUUCUAAAUCUUGGCAGGGCCAUUCGCUGGACAUGCUCUGCUGCUCUUGCAUGAGGUCUGCAGAGGUGCUUUGAAGGUCUCAUGCAACCGAUCCUCCAGGAGGAAACCAAGCAAAUAUAGAGAAGAGGCAAAGAGGAAGAGCAGAUGUACUUCACAGCAGUAGUGCGAGACAAACAUUCAAAUGUGCUCCAUCACCCAGCAUGGAUAUAAUGGUGACCUACACAUUUUCUGAGACGGCAUUCAUGGGAGAGUACGACAACUUUACAGACCCAUCCAUGCCCUUCGACGCCAUUUGCGACGAUGAGGAGUUGGGCUUGCAGAGCUUUUACUCCAUCGUCCAGCCUGUGCUCUACAGCAUCAUCUUCCUCCUUGGUUUGGCAGGAAAUGGCCUGAUGACCACUGUCCUGUUGAGGCGUCGGCGCCGCCUGCGCAUCACAGAGAUCUACCUGCUGCAUCUCGCCGUCACUGACCUCCUGCUCCUGCUCACGUUUCCCUUUGAGAUGAUCGGCGUCGCCGUCGGCUGGGUUUUCGGAGACUUCCUCUGCAUGACCAAGGGCGUGCUGGAGAACCUCAACCUGCUGUGCGGAAGCUUCCUCCUCGCCUGCAUCGGGUUUGAUCGCUACCUCGCCAUUGUUCACGCCAUCCCCAGCAUGCAAAGUCGACGCCCAGGAAAAGUGCACCAAGUGUGCGCUGUGUUGUGGUUCAUCUGCUUGCUCUUGUCGACCCCGAAUGCCGUGUUUCUCUCUGUGGCGAAGCACAGAAACUCCUCGCUUGAUUGUUACUACUACCGAUACGACAUUCAUGCGCACAACUGGGUCCUGGCCAACAGAGUCCUGCAUCACAUCAGCUUCUUCUUCUCAUUAGUGGUCAUGAGCUACUGCUACACUGUUCUGGUGUUCACUUUGUGGAAAAGCCCUAAACGUGAAGCCAAGAAGAGCGCCGUUCGGCUGGCUUUGCUCGUCACGCUCGUCUUUUGCGUCUGCUGGCUCCCGUAUAACGUGGCCCUGCUCAUAAGAACCAUGGUAGACCUAGACGUCUUGACCUACGACUCCUGCAGAUUCCUGACCCUGCUGAACCAGACCGCCGCCGUGACCAAGAGCCUGGGCCUGUCCCACUGCUGCCUCAACCCCUUCCUUUAUGCCUUCGUUGGGGCGCAGUUUCGCAGCGAGCUGGUGAACUUACUUAGUAAGAUGGGCUGCGGCAGAGGCGGCGUAAGAGGUCAGGGUCACAGCCUUGCAUCUAUCUCUGAAAGAACAACCACCAACAGCACCACCUUCAUCUAUUAAGCUCCUGUGCUUUAAACCUUUAUGGCCUUUUCGCAAUCCAGAGACUGUCUCCAAGUAUAGGAGAUUUCAACUUCUAAAAAUGAAAAAAAUCACGGCAUAAAUAAAAGAAAAAUGAAUCAGUGUCAUGAUGUCCCAUUUCAAAAACUCCCAAUGGAAAACAAAGUUUUCACCUUAGACUGCAAAAAAACCCCAACAUGUGAUCUACAUGUUAAAAAAAUAAGUUGUCCACAGUGUACGUCGCAUCAGACCUUCAAGAACGUUAGAAAAACAAAAGCCUGGAUUUUCACACACUUAUUCGGACAACGGUUAGAAGAAAUCGAGAUGCAACAAACACGCGCCUCAGACGAACGUUGCUAAAGCUUAGACGGAAAGCCUCUGGGAAACUACGUCUAACGAUUAGGACAGGGCAAUAAAAUAACAUUGUUGCCAUGGUAAAUUCUGGAAAAAUGUUUGGCACAUAUGUUAUUCUAUCAUAUAAGGGCCCAAAACCGUCAAUGGAGCAGCCGUUUUUCAACACAAUGCAACUGGAAAGCCAUUAAAAGUGUAGACUAUUUUACUCAUGGUGAGCCUACAGAGGGAGCCAACCGCAGACCCUUGAUGUUUUUGGGCCUCAUGGGUCAUUACUGUUCACAGCUUUUGCUUUAAACUUGAAAAUUGUGGCAGUUUUUAAUUGUUGCUUGUACUACUGAUUCAAUAAAGACUUCAUAUCUUCAUCUUUCAA